AUGCUACUUCGAUUUGAUGGAGAUGGAUGUGGAUUAGGGUUCACGAAAUUGACUUCGACCUUGAGGGAGAGGUCAAAUUCGGUAGAAGUGUCUUCAGGAAAUCAGACCGAGUGGGAUCGAUCGAGUGCACACAAAAAUGACGCGACCGGAAAUGGAAGGCCGGCUCCCCUUUUGGCGGAACCCAGAUACGGCGCCGCGCCCCAGCCAUACGGAUCCACGCCACAGGUAACUUUCGCCCCGGGUACUGGUCACGAUCGUUACGAGGAGAAUUUCAAUGGACCAGCGACGUAUGCGGAGCCGUACGUCGAGCGUUAUGGUAUUAAGAGUGAUUUUAGCGGUCGAGAGCCACUACACCCCACGCCACCGCGGCCCGGUUACGUACCCACCCUAGGACAGACUCCACCUUCAAGCACGCAGGGUUCCGUGAUGAUGGUGUACGGCCUGCAGCCGGAUAAAGUAAACACCGACAAGCUCUUCAACCUGUUCUGCCUGUACGGAAACGUGACGAAGGUCAAGUUCUUGAAGACGAAAGAGGGUUGCGCGAUGAUCCAAAUGGGCGACAGCAUAGCCGUGGAGCGGUGUUUACAGAAUCUGAACAACGUGACGAUCGGCACAGACGGCAGGCUGCAGCUGGGUUUCUCGAAACAGGCUUUCCUCUCGGACGUCACCAACCCUUACAUUCUGCCCGACAAGACGGCGAGCUUCAAGGAUUUCACGGGAAGCAAGAAUAACAGGUUCCUAAACCCGGCGAUGGCUAACAAGAAUAGAAUACAGCCACCAUCGAAGAUAGUCCACUUUUUCAACACUCCCCCGGAUCUAACCGAGGAGACGGUGCACCGUGUGUUCGUCGAACGCGGCAUCGAGGCGCCGACGACAGUGAAAUUGUUCCCCCUCAAGUCGGAACGAUCGUCGUCCGGCCUCAUAGAGUUUAGCAGCGUCGGGGUCGCGGUCGCCGCCAUCAUGGAAUGCAAUCACACAGCACUGGAAAACAGCAACGGCAAGUUCCCGUACAUCAUGAAGCUGUGCUUCUCGUCGUCGCGCACCAUACCCACCAGUUUCCCGCCGAGCAGCGGCAGCACAGCGAGCAAUUCCGCCGGUAAUGGCCACGUCAAAAUGCAGCAGGACUCGGAAUAGAACGGCGAGGUCCAGGGCCAGCAGCGUCAGCGUCAGCGCCAGCGUCCCUCUCUCGCCCUGCACCCGUUGUGUGCCCCGACGGGCACGGCCCUGCACCCAGCCGCAGCGAUUACACUAUCCCCGGUUUUGCCGCCGCCCGUGCCGCCGCCUUUGCCGCCCGCCUGCGUCCUGAUCGCCACCCCGACUCUUUAUCCGACCGUGCAGCCGCCGCCGCCGCCGCCACCGCUGCCUACGUUCUGGCCGUAUUGAAACGGGGGGUGUGGGAGGAGAAUUAUCGGGCCUAUCCGGUGAACGUGAAGCGUAUCGACUACCGUCACCUAAACCGUAUACCACUCAUACACACACACUCCGGAACACAGACACUUAUGCACACACACACAAGGGCAAAACAGAAACGUACCGAAACACAGGACACACGAGAAAACCACCUCCUAAUCAUCAGAGAGCUGCUGCCGCUGCUCUCCCUCCCCCCCGUUUCGGAGACCAUCCGCCGAGAAAUAGCAGGAAAACUGAGAAAAACAAACGAAGGAACCGGACGCUGGUCGCUGCUGGACGCGAAACGGUCGCGCAGGCAGGAAGAGGGGGUGCGCCGGAGAACCGACACGGAGCAUCUCCGACGUGCGUGUUUCUCCUUUGCCCCCCUCCUCCCUUUAUGCAGCCGGUUUUUCGUUUCCUUAUCAGAGAGUCGAGGACCAAACGACACGAGCAUAAAAUCCUACCGGCGGCGCGCGGCGCUCCCUUUCGUCGGAGGAACCCGCCGUCCCGCUCGCCGAGUAGGGGACGUGUCGCGAUGAUCGCGCGUCGGACACGCGCGACUCGAAGAUGACGAACGACGAUGACGCUCCCGACGUAGUCGUCGGAGGACACAGGGUGUGGUGUUAGAGACGAAGGAACCCGAGACACGGUGAACGGAAGUUGAACGUGUAGGAGAGGAACAACGUGUCACGAGUGAUUAGGCUGCUCGGAGAAGGAGGAGGUCAUCGAGGAUCGCCGUCCCGGCCAAGCCGAGCGGAACAAUCAGGCGAGAACUGGAACCGAGAGGCAGCGAUGUUUAUGAAUGAUUAUUAUACGCUAGCUCCGUGUGU